UUCUCUUCUUCAUCUGGAACCAACACAAGAUGGAUCACAGUGUGAUCUUCCUUUGGGUGCUGCUUUCAGCUGCAGCUUCUCAAACAACAAGAACAUAUGAAAUACCUCCUACCACAAACUAUCCUUGUGGCCAGGCCUUCUCAGAUUCCUCUCGAUCAUUUAAUGGUCCAUAUUAUGACGGAGGUAGAAAUGUCUUAGAAUGUCUCUGGACCAUUGAAUCCAAGGAUAACCUGCCAAUAAAGGCAAUAAUUGAUUAUAUAGAAUUAGACUGUGAUCGUGAAUAUAUUAGCAUAUAUAAUGGAGAGGCACAUCGUUCAAGACUCCUUGGAAAGAUAUGCAGUGGUUCCAGUCGGACAUUUGUUUCAUUUUCAGGCACUAUGUCAGUUUUGCUACACAGAAACUCUGACUUCACCGGUCCAGGAUUUUUUGCCUACUAUGAUAUAGGAGAACUGGAAACCACAACAGUCCCUGGAAUCCCAGAACUGGAAACCACAACAGUCCCUAAAUUCACAGCAAAAGAAACCCGCAGUUCUACAGCAAUUCCCUGGAGUACACAUGCCCCUGAAUCCUUCACAUCAGGCUUUCACUGUGGAGGGCUCCUCACGGAUCCAACUGGAUAUAUCUAUGGCCCAUAUUAUCCUGGAAAUGGUGCAAGCAUGGAGUGCAUUUGGGAAAUUCAAACAACAUCCUAUAGUCAUAUAGAGCUUGAUUUUUAUUAUGUCAGUUCCAAUUUGAACUGCAGGACUGGCUAUGUCGAGGUCUAUGAUGGUGCCUUGGGUUCAAGAAAACUUGGAAGAGUUUGCUCUGGUUCCAGAUUUGUCUACAUAUCAACAUCAAACAGAAUUACAAUUGUUCUGUACAGAAAUUCCUAUCAAGCAGGGGAUGCUUUCAAUGCUUAUUACUAUUCCUUUACAGCAGCUACCUCUUCAGAACCUAUGAGGACAAGUGGUAAGUCUAUGCCUUCCUUUUAGCUAUUCCCAAUGGCU